AGCCAAGCACGGAGAGAGUGUGGGGGCGUUCUGCUGGGUCCUCCCCAAUUUGCAAUUGCAAGCACCGGGAAAAGAGACAAGAGUCGUGUCAAGCAACCGAAAAUCGAAAGUUAAUUUGAUUAAAUUGCUAGUGUUCGUUUUGAACGUCGCUUCGAGCGCAGGGAGGAGGCGUUUAAAUAAAAACAACGAUUUCCUCAACAGGUAGGACGGGAAGAUUUGAUUGAAUAAUGGCAGACGCUGUAACAGCAAGCGUGCACAAACAUCGUCGCACGACACUGGAGCGAAUUGAGAAGUACAUCUCGGAUGUUUAUUUCACCGAUGUGAACUUGCGAGGAAAGCUCUAUCCCAACUCAAAGCCUAUUGAAAAGAUAUGGCAUUGGACUCUUCCGGGUGGAGAGGGAAAAUGGGAUAAGUUUCCCUUCUCCAACAUUGUUGCUCAAAAUUUUACACCUACGAAAGUUGGUGAAAAGUUUGGCCCUAUUUGGAGCACACAUUGGUUCAGGGUGGAAAUUAAUGUGCCUGAAAAUUGGAUAGGGCAGGAGGUCUGGUUACGCUGGAAAAGCCAGUCAGAGGCAAUGGUGUGGAGUGAAUCAGGUAGUCCUUUACAGGGCUUAUCCACUGGUGUUGACAAGCAAAUGAGGAGUGGCUUCCGAAUCAGUGAAUGUUGGAAGCCUACAGAAAGAAGGUGUCCAUUUGUUUAUUACAUAGAGAUGGCAUGUAAUAACAUGUUUGGUGUUGGGAAAAAUGGCAUGAUCAACCCUCCUGAUGAAGGCAAAACCUUCACUCUUGAAAUGGCUGAAAUUUGCACCAUGGACAAGCAAGUUCGUAAGUUGUUGUUGGACCUAGAAGUUCUCCAUGGAAUGGCUAAGAAGUUGGAUAAUGACCCCCGAGGAUAUGAGGCACUCUAUUGUGGCAACCAAAUGAUUAAUUACAUUAUUAAUGGCAACAAAAGCCUAGCAAGUAGGAUUGCGGAUAACUUUUUCUCAAAACGAAAUGGGGAACGUGCUCACACACUUGCCAUAAUGGGUCACUGCCACAUUGAUUCAGCUUGGUUGUGGCCUUAUUCUGAAACCAAGAGGAAGUGUGCACGUUCUUGGGCUUCCACGCUGCAACUGAUGAAGGAUUACCCUGAAAUGAAAUUUGUUUGCUCACAGGCUCAGCAGUUUGAAUGGGUGAAAUUGUACUAUCCUGAGUUGUAUGCAAGAAUUAAAAUCAGAGUCCAAGAAGGACGUUUCAUUCCUGUAGGAGGCACUUGGGUUGAAAUGGAUGGACUCAUACCUAGUGGAGAGUCCUUCAUGAGGCAGUUUCUUUAUGGGCAGAGGUUCUUCCAAAAGGAAUUUGGAUUAAAAUGCAAAGAAUUCUGGCUUCCGGACACAUUUGGAUAUUCUGCACAGAUUCCUCAAAUAUGCAAGCACUUUGGCAUAACUCGAUUCCUGACUCAGAAGUUAAGCUGGAGCCUAGUCAAUAAGUUCCCACAUCACAAUUUCUUGUGGGAAGGACUUGAUGGAACAACCGUUCUUGCUCAUUUCCCACCUGGCAAUUCUUAUGAGAUGGAUGUCACGGUCGACGAAGCUGUUCGAACUGUGAGUAACUUGGAAGAUAAAGGGAGAGUGACAACAUCAGCCUUCUUGUAUGGCUUUGGGGAUGGUGGUGGUGGCCCUACCAGCGACAUGUUGGAAAGAGCACGUCGGUUGCAUGAUGUUGAUGGCUGCCCUAGAAUGGAGCACAUGUCACCAGAUGAGUUCUUCCAGCGUCUAGAGAAGGACCAGCGUAACCUAUGUCGCUGGGUAGGAGAGUUGUAUCUUGAGCUACAUAAUGGCACUUACACAUCACAGGCCAACACAAAGAAGCAGAAUCGUGAAUGUGAAUUUGCCUUGAGGGAAGCAGAGAUGCUCUUGGCGAUAGCAACUGUAAGAGGACUGUUCAGAAAUACUGAAGGUUACAGGUAUCAGGCUGAGCUUACGGAAGCGUGGAAGAAGGUACUUCUUAACCAAUUCCACGACGUCAUCCCUGGGUCAAGCAUAGGGAUUGUUUAUCGUGACUCUGAUCAUUUGUAUCAAGAGGCCUUGAAGUCUGCCAAAGGAGUGAAGGAGCUCUGUCUUGAUACCAUUUGUAAAGGUAACUCGUCAGAAGGGGAAAAUGAAAUAGCUGUGAUCAACACUUUACCAUGGCCAGUGAAGAAAGUGGUCAGAAUUACAAAUGAAAUUUUGGAAGAGCCAAGUCAAAAGAGAAUAAGAUUAGAAGAAGAAACCAUGCAACCUGCAAGCAAUGGAGGUCACUAUGUUGCAGUAAAAGCUCAAGGGAUUGGCUAUUCAAAAAUGAAUGUGGCCCAUACAGCUCCUGUUGAAAUUGGCUUCAAAGACAACAAGUUCAUCCUGAGAAACAGUUUCAUUGAAGCUGUUAUUACAAGAUAUGGCACUGUGGAGCACUUAAGGUUAGCUGGAGGAGAUGCAAGAGAUGCCUUUGGUGUAGACCAACAGGGUAGUGCAAAAUUCGGAAAUCAGCUGACCCUCUACGAUGAUGUUCCCCUGUACUGGGAUGCUUGGGAUACCAUGGACUACCAUUUGGAAACUGCACAAAUUCUAAAUCAUGAGAGUGCUAAUUUAAUGCAGGAAAUGGAAAUUGUUGAAAGUGGCCCUCUGUUAGUGAAGCUUCGGUGGCGCUUGAAUAUAAGCGAGCACUCUAGUCUUCGCCAGGAUAUUGAGUUAACAGCCGUCGAUCCUUACCUUACAUUCUACACCUGCGUUGAUUGGCAUGAAAAUCACAAGUUCCUCAAAGUCUCAUUUGAUACAGGACUUCAUCCAAAGAAGGCUACAUUUGACACACAAUUUGGCCAUUUAGAGCGGCCAACCCAUUCAAAUACAUCUUGGGAAUCUGCCAAAUAUGAAGUGUGUGGCCACAAGUGGGCUGACCUGUCAGAGUACAACUUUGGAGUCGCAGUACUGAAUGACAGUAAAUAUGGAUGGACCUGCAGGGAAAGUAAAUUGAGUCUUUCUCUCUUGAGAUCACCAAAGGCCCCAGAUGAUAAAUGUGACAUGGGAAUUCAUACCUUUAAAUAUGCUCUUAUGCCCCAUGAUGGGAGUUUCCAAAAAGCACAAGUUCAGAAGAAGGCUUAUGAAUUCAACAAUGAUUUGAUUGUGUCACCGUCAAAGUGCAUGAAUGUAAAUGCUGACAAUUGGUUCAGUUUGGAAGGAGACGGUGCAAUGAUAGAAGCUGUCAAACUGUCUGAGGACAAUGGAAAUCUUGUGGUUCGUAUUUACGAGAUGAAUGGAGGACGUGGCACAGUAAGACUGAAGAUAACAGCACACCCAGCACCUGCAAGCGCCCAACUUUGCAAUGGACUGGAAGAACCAAUUGCUCCAUUGAUACUUAUGAAGUGUCACUCUUCCUCAGGACCUGAAACAUAUGUCUGCGACCUACACUUGACACCUUUCAAAAUUUUGAAUGUGUUGUUGGUAUAUGCAAGGCAGUGAUUAUUUUACAGAAGCUGCCAAGGUUGGAAAAAGGAAUAUUUUCUUUUAUUUCUGUUAGGUUUAUAAACCUGAGUAAUUUAGGUUAUUAGUGUGUAGCGUAGAACAAGAGAAUUAAACAUUAAGGUACAGUAGUGAGGGAAGAAGUAUCUGGUUCACUACUUCUAGCAAUCGCAAUCCUCCAGUUUUUAUGCUAUUUUUAGAGGUUCAUUUCUGCAAAUACUAGAAUUGACAUAAGUUUGCAAAUGAUCUUAAAUUUGUAUUGAUUAUAUCAGUACUGUUUAUUGUGAGGCAAACCAUAACGUAGUUUUUGACUGGGUUAGAUGAUGAUGUACUAUAAUUUUUGGUGGGUCUACUUUGAUUGAGAGACUAACCACAACCUUUGGAACAAUAGGCUCCCCUUGAUGAAUUCUUAGUCCAUUUUCAUUUUGUACUGGGGUUGAAAAGCUCGAGUAAAAUCUAGGUUUCAUUGAUAUUUGAUUUUUAUAAGUAAAUUUUUGUUUUUAGAGGUAAUCCUCAAGUUAACUUUUAGCACAGUAAUUUUAAAGUUUAGGCAGCUUAGAAAUGGAUAUCCAUAAGGGUCAUUCAAAAGCUCAUGGCAUAAGCCAGAUAAUGUCACAUUCAUGGAAUAUUUUUGCAAAACUACAACUGCUCUUGGUCUUUUAUGUUCAAGCUACCACUCUCUUGAAGGUUGUACAUCACCAAUAUUUCGGUCCAAAUAGUGUGCUCUUAGCCAGCACCUGUGCCCUGGUACGUACUGGUUAUCUUUUGGACUGUCAUAAUCUGUUGUUUGGAGGCAUGCGAUGAACAAAAACCACUUUGUUGAUGUUGGUGUUUUUGCCCCAUCUGGGACGUAUCCUGAGUGCUCUGUCUGUCGGCAUGAAUUCACCGGCCGAUUUCUUACAGGUGGAGUAAAAACAGAGUCCACUUUGAUCAUUUUGUCUGUUUACACAGAGUUCUCUGAUAUAUCCUUUAGAGAAGUAUCACAGUGAGGCUUUUUUUCUUGCACCUUGCAAAUUUCCAAGGGCCUUACCAUCAGCAUAAUUAAGCAAAGAAUUGAGUUAUUGCUUAACAUCUCAAAGUAACUUAAGUUCUUGGUCACACUGAAAUUUUAGUUGGUGCUCAUCCUUCAUUGCAAGGAUGAAAAGAUUUUGAAUGACCCUUAUCCCAUGUGUUCCACUACACAUUGACUUUUACAAUUUACAGUAAUUUUAACAUUAGAUUGAGCAGUUAUAGUACUUUGUAUUUGGUUUUGGUUUAAUCACCUUGUAGUGGUUUGAUUUGGUGCUACUUUGGUGGUUUCUAUGGUAAAUUUAGCUUCUAGCCCUUCAGAAGUUUUUAGAUUUUAGCCUUUUAAUAGAUUUUAUAACUGUUUACAAAAAAAAAAAAUUUUAUAAAGAGAGUUAAUAAAAGGCAAUUCCAUU